AUGCAGGACGGGCUGUACUUUGACAAAUUGGUGGUGUCGGCAACUCCAUGUUUAACGCCUCAACGUGAACUGCCGCCGCUGCCUCCUCUUUGUUCGGUAUUUGUGGAAAGUUACUUCAGCAGUGUCAACGCCCUCUACUCGAUCGUCGACGGGGCAGACCCAGGUGGGAACAUCGGCCAGUGGGAGUAUCGCGACAAAGUGCGAGGUCAUAAUCGAGUAUUGGCGCAGCUGAAUGCAGUACACGAUCCUGAAGAAGUCGGGACGAUCGCAGUCCUGCAGGGACAACGAACUUGCCGCAGCGGGCAGUUGUCUUUCGACUUUUUCCCUCAAUGCUCAUCGGGAAUAAUUGGGGCCGUCUUUCGAUUUUCUACUGAGGCGAAUUAUGCAACUGUUGAGGCGACAGAGACGGAAUUGCGGCUACGUGUUAUUAACGACAAGAAGGUCACAGUCGUGGCGAGGACACCUUUAUCGCGGAUGCAGGAUGGAUGGUAUUCUUUGCAUAUCGCCUUUGACUCUUCUCGUGUUGCAGCUCGCGUACAAACGCCUGGAGAAGAGGUUUUUAAACUCAUAGCAGAGACAGACAGCAGCACCAGCGGCGAGGACGGCGCUGUGGGGAUGUCUGCAUUUAAUUGUGGAGGUGUCGCCUUCGAUGGAUUUCAAAUGUCACCAUUGGGGCCAAAAUUCGAGGGCCUCCACCCAACAAGUCUAUUCAAUCCGUCCAAGGAAGAGGAUACACCCGCCCCAGCACGUCUCUGGUCUCUGUGCGCUACAAACAGCCAUUUUCUGGCCCGAAGGCAACAUUGCGAGGAGAUGCACCGGGCGAGUACAGCCGAGCAGCAGUCGGAGUGUACGGUGAACUACUGCCACGAAUGCUGCGCCUUCCACACGAGUUUGCUGAGUGGACCGCACAAGUAUAAGUGCGAGAGAGACUGCCUUACGAACGAGCAGGAGGCUCAUCAGACAGAAACACUCUUCGACCACACUGUACAGCGCUGUGUACACCGUGGCGACGAUAACAAGCCAUCACUCCUCUGCUCUCCCUGGCUAUACGAACAAAAGCACAACAAAAAGGCGGUGAAACAGGCCGACCUCAUUUUGAAGAGGUUUCCCGAACACGGAGAGACCCUAGCAAUGAAAGGCCUCAUUUUAUCCAACAUGGGCCCAGAGAGAAAACAAGAAGCGUAUGAAUAUGCUAGGAAAGGGCUGCGCGCCGAUAUCACCAACUGCGUGUGCUGGCACGUGCUAGGACUCCUCUACAGACAAGACAGAGAUUACGCGGAGGCCACCAAGUGUUUCGUGCAAACACUGCGUCUGGACUCAAACAACUUCUCUGCAAUGCGCGAUUUGGCUCACCUGCAAAUCCAUGAAAGGAACUACGCUGGUUUUCUCGAAACUCGACGCCUCAUCCUCAUAGCCAGAUCCCGCUUCAUAAGAGAAUGGGCAGCUUUCGCCCUAGCCAACCACUUG